AGAGAUACAAAAGUGGUGCAUCAUGUACAAAGCCAACACAUAACCUGGACCCUAUUCAUCUAACAAGGAAUUUCAGAAAAACAUUUCAAAGUGUGUGAAACUUGAGGAAAUAAUGCCGGGAUCCACUAAGAAAGAGCGACAAACAAUUAAAAAAAGAUUUACUUGUGACCUAGCCGCUCGGUGUCAGGCAGAGCUGUAUCACCUGUACGACAGACAUUGUGGGAGUCUCAUUCCCUUACAACGUGCUGCUCAUGGUGUAAAGGGGGCCAUCGUGAAGUGUUACCAAGGUGUACACUGUGAGUGCAGGACCAAAUCACUAGUGUAUGCAGGAAAGGAGAGAAAUAACUGGCUAACAGACAACAUAUAUUUACCAAGUGAUUUCAAGGUCAGCGGUGGAGAGGCAACUGUGUCAAAAAUUCUGAUGGAGAAAGUUGAUGCCCGUCUCGGUGACUCCGUGUUGGAAAAGACCUUGUGGAACCUGACGACCCAAAAGGUAGAAUCUGUGAACAGACGGCUGAUGCGGUCUCUCCCAUCAAGUGUGAACUUUACUCGUAACUUUUCAGGGAGAGCUCAUAGGGCGGUGUAUUCUGUGAACCAUGGACCGGGAACUGCCAUUAAAGAACUGUGCAGUGGGGUUGGGUCUCCAAUCACUGCUGGAAGCUCUGUGUCCAAGGACCUAGAUAAAGAACAAAAAAGACAUUUGUACAAUAAAGCACGAAGUCAAUCAUUGCGGUGUAAAAUUCAGAAGAGAAAUAAGAGACACAGAAAUUUAUGUGAAAGACAGAGUUAUGAUUGAGAAAAAGAAAUAAAACAUUAAAAUAUUGAGAACUUAAGAAAUAGUCUUUGUUAUAUUUCAAUAU